AUGUUCUCUACCAUUCAGAAGACACUCUCUGAUGUCCUAUCUUCGUUGACUUCCUCCAAGGAACCCCCCCGACUUCUCCAGCGACCUACGUCCGAUGUCCAAUCUCUAUCAAAUGAUCCCGCAAGAUCCCCAGCAACGGCUCGUAUGCCACACUCCCGAUCAAACACAUCUUCAAACACAGACACAAAACCACAGAAAGGGGCCAAGGCAACGCAGUUCCUUAUCCAGAAUUUCGACACAAGGGAGGAUGAUCCGAUAGAGACCUCUUCCCCUCCUGAGCCACGGGUGCGCCGCAUCAAGCCAGGCCGGCGCCUUUCCGGUACGAGGAGGCAGGAAUCAUCUCCCAACUCUACCAGGUAUGAUGGGACAAAUCUGAACGACGGCAACAUGACCGACGGGUGGAACUAUUUUAGACCAAAGGCACCACCAUCGAAACCCCAGCUUCAUCACCAAUAUUUAAUUGUGGAUGCUGAUGAGCGGGCCCUCUUUGCAGGCAAUGCGCCGCCUGACUCGGCAGCAGUCCUCAUUCCGGGUCCUAAUUUACGAAAGGCAAUUCGGAAGCCUUCCUCACCCACAAUGCCACAUGGCCCAAUCCUUCGGCCAGUGAACACUCUUGACAAUACCAACAACAAUCAAGUCUCACCUGCCUUAGGAAGACGGUUACAGAACCCGUCUAGCACGCAGUGGAGACCAUCUGGAUCUCGAAAGUACAUCACUGGCCCAGACGCAAGCAGUUCGACAAAGAAUGGUACCGGUGAGCCUCCUUCGAAGCGCCCACGUCUUGACCCUAGCAUGAAGCCUUACGUAAAGGACGAAGGCGCGGGGGCUGUGUCGCCAAUGUUUAGCUCUAUUUCUGAUGAGGACAUUGUUAUGACCGUGUCCCGCCCUGUACGAACUCCAAGCAAGAAGCCGCCUCGUCCGAACAAAAUCUCUGAGCCGCUGCCGAUUCCUGUGGCCGAGUACCAGUCAGUCGAGGAGACCAUGCAGAAUAAUAAUUCAAAGAGAAAUGCACUGGUAGGAGUGUCACCACCACUUCCCUCAAAGCCUCUGCAUGGAAAUAUACAGCACCCAGACGAUUCUGACCCCGAGGAGUUCACGCGAGCCUCUAAGAAGGCUCGUUAUCAACAACGUAUUAACGACGACUCCGCAACACCGCUCGAAUCACACCGACCUUCGGAAGAACCCUACGAGAAACAGAAUGGCAGAAAUACACCCCCGGUUGUCAGUAACUUGUUCACAGCAGGUAUGCUGCCGAGCGACGGAGAAGGCGAAAUACUUGAAGGAGAAGAGCACCCGAAAUAUGCAUCUGCCGCUGGAUCUGCUCGAGAGCAUGUCAAUCAGCAUAGCACGAACGGUACAUCUCACCACUCAAGCACGGCUGUUGCCGGAGUUGAAACAACUCGAUCGCGCACAGCAGCCAAAGCUGUUACGGGCAACAAGUCCAAGGUCAGAUCGAAGACUGCCAAUCCAGGAGCAGGUACUUUUGAUUUACGUCAAUUGAAAUAUGGGUUUCUUCCUGGAGAUAGGAGUUACACCGCUGUGGUUGCCGACAACUCGAUGCGACUUUAUGACGAUGCGUCUUUGCUUAGCGAGGAGCCCUUAUGGCCUGGGAUCCAGCUUCGCAAAAUCUACAGGGUUUCCUAUGGAAGUAAUGAUUGUUUAAAGCUCAAACUACACAUGUCACAUUGUCAAGGACAACCGUCUUCCCAGAUGGACCUCGAAUUCAAUUCCAGACAGGCCAAAGAGGACUUCAUUUCGUUAGUGCUGGGCGUUGGCCAUAACCCAUCGAAAAUGCAGAGAGAUGAUGAAUAUUUGCGCAAAUCCUUCGAGCACAAGCCAGAGGUAGAUCAUCGUGCGUUGUGGGAAGGAAUAGCGGAUGAAAAAAGGCAGCCAAUCAGCAGUCAACGGCAAGCCUCAGGCACUACAUCACAUCAUUUCCAGGAUGAGGAAACAAAUUCGACAAAAUUUCCCACCAGACCAGCUAAACUUAUUGACCAGCUGCAAACUUCAACCUCAACUUCGAGGAGGUCUGGUGCAGACGUCAGAAUACCUACCGUCAUAAGCGGGAAAGAUAGAGCUAAUCAAUCCUAUCCUGCAUCUGCGCAGACGACUCCUGCUGUAUCUGCCAACAAGUAUACUUUUGACCAAGCUCAGAUAUCCAACGCAAGCAGACUUCGUUCCUCGUCAACCAGAAUAGCAGCCGCUCGGUCGCAUCCCGAAGCGGGAAUGUCCAACAGGGAUGUAGAAGAAGCGCCAAAAGAGAAGUAUUCUGCAGUAUAUGGCUUGGGUGAACCGUGGAAAAUUCCCCUCACCUAUCCCCCAACCGGCAAACGACGGAUGGCUGUAGAGUUCGCGGAUCUACUUCGCUUGGACGAAGACGAGUUUCUGAAUGACAAUUUGAUCGGCUUCUUCCUGAGAUACCUUGAGUACCAUCUGGAGCAGAACCGUCCAGAAAUUGCUCAAAGGGUGUAUUUCUACAAUUCCUACUUCUACGAGAGAUUGAUGCAAACUUCGAAAGGCCAAAAAGGCAUCAAUUACGGAAGUGUGCAGAAAUGGACAAGGAAUAUUGACAUAUUCGAGCGCGACUUCGUUAUCGUGCCGGUCAAUGAGAGUUAUCAUUGGUACGUGGUAAUCAUCUGCAAUCUCUCGAAGCUCAACUCCAUUACCAAUAACGAAGGAGAUCACAAUGAGGAAGAUACAACACUCUCAAGGGAAGCGGUCGUUCCUUUGGAAGAGAAAGAGGAUGAGGCUCGAACAGAUGUCGAAGCGACAGAAACUCAUGAUCAACCGACAGAGAAGACUACCGAGUCACUGUCUCAUCUUUCUUUGAGCGAUGUUGACAAACAAACGGAUGAGCUUGCAAGCUCGUCCAAAGCUGUUUCAGCAUACUUCUCACCCCAACCUGGAUCGGUUUCCAAGAAAUCUGGGCGUGGUCGACGUAAAGGUCGCCAUUCGCUCGCAAAGUACAACGUUUUCGCGCCUGUUAUCAUGACUUUUGAUUCCCUCGGUACGCCUCGUUCUUCAACUUGCACCGCUUUGCGUCAAUACCUUGUCGAAGAAGCAAGAAGUAAGAAAGGAUGGGAGAUUGACGGAGGCCAUAUCAAAGGCAUGACCGCUAGGGGAAUCCCUACUCAACCUAAUUUUUAUGAUUGUGGUCUUUACUUGUGUGCCUACCUGGAAAAGUUCAUUCUGAACCCUGCUGGAUUUGUUAGGAAGAUUCUCCAGCGUGAGAUGGAUCAACGUGGACAUGCCGAUAAUGGCAAGCGAAGAGCUCAGAAGCAGGAUGCGAGGGUUUCUCAGAGGCCUUCACGACGAGCAGGAGGAGCUACGUCCCCAGAUAAUACCAAUAUUCCGCGUAGCGCAUUGCAAAAUGAUAGCGAGGACGAGCUGCAGCAGGACCAAAUCAGCGCAAGGAUACUCAACGCUAUUCAAGCUUCUCACAAAGAAGCAACACCACCAAGAGAUCCACUGGCGAAGGAUCAGGCUUCCAGCAUAACCGGUUCUCCUGUGGCGUAUCAGCCCUCCAAGAAGCGCUUGCCAUCGAAAAGUUCAGUCUUCUUUGCCGACGCCUUUGCCAACGUCAAUAUUGGUGCCCCUGUGCAACCAAGAUCAGGCGUUGGCACGAGGGAAGCAGCCAUCACUAUUGACGACGAUGAUGACUCUCAACCUGUGCCAGAGAGCGUUUCUGCAAAGAAGAAAGCUCCGGUAGCGAAAGAUGAUUUCUUCAAACAUGGUUCCAGCGAGAAGAUCGGUACGCACCAUGACGACUUUUUCGAACAUCCCUCGGAGCUCAAAGACACCACUAGUGUCAGCAAGAAAUCUGUACGUCGUCGAUCUAGAGAUGCAUCCAUAGUAGUUGAGUUACCACCACGACGAAGCCCAUCCACAGCAUCAGCUGAUACGGUGAACACCGACUUUCUCAGUGGAAGCGCAAACAAAAGCUAUCAGCAUGGCAAGGAUGAACCGAAUGCAGGCCAUGCGACAUCUGAGAAAGCCGAGCGACUUCCAGCGAGGUCCGAGGUUGUAGUUUUGGUUCCAGACUCGCAGGAGAGUAGGGAGGUAGAAGGGGAGGAAGGGGAGGUUGAGUGGCAGGGACUGAGAGAGGAGGGGACUAGGGAAGAUGAUCAAGAGAUUCUGGAAGGCAUCGAUUGA